AUGUAGUUUAGCCAGAAUACCUCGAUCCAAAUUGUCCCAGCGUUGAGGGUUUAUGAUACGCGCAUAAUAUCAGCGGAAACUCAGUGAUUUGUGUUUUGGCUCAUUCGUGCGGACUUUUCAUCAAAUGAAUGGAGGUAGAAAUUUUUUAUGAUCAAUGUUGAUGACAACCCCAACUGUAGUAAUGACAUAAAUCAGUGUCGUUUCCAUUGUCCACAAAAUAUCUCCAAGAUCGAUUAUUGUAUCUGUUUCGGAUUGAAAAUAUUCUGCAUCCUGAUCGCGUUGGCUCGCGUCCAAUUCAUGUCCAGAGCCCACUAUGACAACUAGAGAAGUUGUCUUGGAAGGCGGUUCGCCGUGGGGGUUUCGGAUACGUGGUGGUGUUGACGCCGAAUCGCCAUUGAGGAUUUCCAGGGUGAAUUCAAACGGAAAGGCAGCUCUGAAAGGCAUUAGAGAGGGAGACAUCAUAACUUCCAUCAAUGGGCACCCGACAAAAGAUUUGAAAUAUUCAGACGCCCACAGUCUCAUCAAAAACUCCGAAGACCCAUUGAGAUUGGAACUCACCGUGGAUGCUGGAUCGCCGAAGCAUAAGAAACGGAACAGGGCCACCCUACACGAAACCCAUUCGGAAACCCUAAAAAGUACCAGCAGCACUCUCUACUCAAGGAAUUCGACCAAAACAUUUUUCAACGACGAAAACGAAUACGCUGAUCCAGAUCAAUACUUGAGAAAACCAGCAUCUGACGAGAGACAAAAUAAUUUCAAAGAACACAUCGAGCCACCUUUAUCGCCUGACUCCACUGUUUCUUCUGAUGUCUCCUCUUGUUCGACAUUGACUGAAGCAGGAGGAAAGGCUCCCUGCUACAUAUCAACUACCCUCAUUUCAUCAUCUAUUCAAAACAGUCUCACAAUGGCUGAUUGUGCGAACCCGAAAACCAAAAGAAAACGUUCAAAAAAUCAAAGAAGACGACAAAGAAAAAACGCAGCUAACGCUCAUCAUCUACCACAUACAGACGAAACCAAUUCGAACGAAAACAUAGUCAAGGAGGAAUACAAAGUGGAUUUUCCAGACGCAGGUGCCUCAAAACCAAAAUUGAAAAUCAAAAGUAAGAGUUUGGACGAUGAGGAUGACUCUGUCAAAAUACAGGAAGUUGAGGAAUCUGUGGAAGAAGAUAAACAUCAGUGUGAAGCAAUAGUUUCAGAAGCCGAUUCGGACUGGGAAGAGACAACAGAGUUAAGAAUUCCUCAGAACCCUGCAUCUUUGAGCACUAUCGCCAUUUCCAUAGACGAAGAACCUCUGCAGAGAGUUGGAAAUUUUUCUCCUGAAGAAGAGCUCACUUUGAGGAAUUUUUUGGAAGGUAUCAAUCUAAUCAACUCACCUGGAUGUCAAUCAUCCGUAAGCACUCUAGAUUCAAUAAAAAUGGAAAAGGCAAGGAAGCGAGAUGCUCUCAUGAAAUAUUUCACACCAUUAGCAAAUAAUCCAAGGUUCUUAGAUAUCAUAUCUGAAGAAGGAAGUGACUUGAGUGAUCGUGAAUCCUCUACACUAACUCGUCAUUUAAAACAAGGUACUCCAGAAUUGGAGAACCUCAACCAAAGUGCUCCUACACAAGUUCCACGUUUUUCCAAAAGAAAUAAAUUAAAACGCUUGCAGUUAAAGAGAAACGAAGAGAAAGCUGUUUUGGUUUGCACUAAAAUGUUAGAUUCUCCCUCAAUUAUAGAGCAUAUCCAUACCCAUACAUCUGAAAACGUAGAGCCUGAAAAAGUUUAUUUGGAGAGCUCCAGCGACAAUGCUUCUUCGGAAAACUCAUCAGGAACUGGUGUAUCGACGCCGUCCGAACAGGAAGAGCAAAGUGAUGCAAAUAUUGUUGUGGAAGGCUCAGAAAAAAAUUCAAAUCACGUGGAAGAAGAAUCACAAGACGGUAAAACAAUAAAAACGUUUGAAACCGAAACCGACGUAAUAGAAGAAAAUGCAGAAUUGAAAUUCAAAUCUCCUGUGAUUCAGACCACUAUUACAGAAGUAGGUGCGGAAGGGUCGGCAGAAUCAAACCAAAAAUCAAUGCCUAUACAAAAUUCUUCCGAAUAUGUUUCUGUGGAUACCAACUAUAAUAUCCCCAAUGACUAUGCUGAGUUAACACCUCCACCUACGCCUGAAUUAUCCCCAAAGAAGAAGUUAUCAACAGACAGCAUUGUGGAUUUAGAUUGGGAUGAAUGCAUGAAAGAAAUAGCUUGCGAUACAGCUAGAGAGAUAACAUCGGUUUUGUGUAAAUUAGAGCAGGUAUCCUCCACAACUUUUAUAGUGAAUCAAGCAGUAAUUCCUUCUCCAGAAAGACCCAAGAUUCAAUCUUUAACUGUUCAGUCACCAUCUCACAGCAGCAGCAGUUCUAGAGAGACUUCACCAAGUACCGUAAGAUUGAAUCCAAUGACUUCUUCUAUAGCUGAUGUAGCAUCUAUUUUAACUGACUUAGAAAUUGCCAAAGAGGCCUCAUCUCUUAAGCAGCCGCUCAGUUUGAGACAAAGUUGUCUAGAGUUUCUAUUAACAUCCCCACAUGGUACCAGAUUGAUGCGGGAGCUCUCCGAAGUAUCUGAUAAAUUCGAGAAAUUGGCUGAAGCAGGUAACGAAACCAAAGAAAAGCUUGAGAUUGCUGCUAGCUUGAAUCCAAUAAAUAUGCAGGAUGACAAUAAUAGUAAUUUGAUUUCAGAGGUUACGGAGAAACUGAAGCAAAUAAUGUCUUCGAAAAAAUGGGCAGGACUUCCUUUCUAUAAUAACCCUAACUUGUUGCUCUAUCUCUCGCCUAAACAAAGAUCAGAACUUGAGAGGUCAGAAGUGAUCAUGAAUGAACCAGAGAUACUUUAUGAUUUGCAUUCGAAAUUUUCUGAACGAAUGGGUUCGAAAGAUGCGAAAUGCUCUCAAGAUAGGAGGAUAGAGAUAACAUCAUUCGAAAAAGAGACAAUGCAUAAAACUAGCGAUACAUCUUACUCGAUGAGUACAUCGAAAACGUUUCCUAGAAAUUUCAAGGAGUCGCAUUGCAAUCCGCGACUUCAAGUAUCUAAUCUCGAUGAUUGGUUAGAUAUUGCCCGAGGAAGUGAUAAAAUAGAACAACAGGAGCAUACUUCGAGUUCAGACAAAAAAACAGAGUUUGAAACUACCGAGAAAUCUACCAGUUCAAGACGUCGAACGUCACUUCCAGAUGAAAUCUACCGACGUCAAUUACAGAUGAUUUUGGAGAAGGAGAAAGAGAUAGAGAAAGAACUUGAGAGUCUGCUAGAGGAAAAGAGAAAACUUUUCAUAGAAAUGAGGAAUACGGAGGAAAAUUCAACAGGAAAUAUUAAACAUCGUCCAAAAUCUUUUCCACAGUCGCCCAGUGAAACAUUGAGACAAAAGAUGUACGAAGAAUACAUGAGGCAAGUGGCAGAAAGAGAAGAACGCAAACACCAUAAGAUGAUAAAGAUUACUUCAACACCUCCAAAUAAGAACCUUGAAUCUGAUAAACCACAAUUUGAAGCGGUUCAUUUACCAGGAAUUGAAGACGAGUUCAUGAAAAGAGUUCAAGAAAAACAUGGACCCUUGGAGAAAGUUGAAGAAGAAACGAUGCAGAAGGAUGAGAAUAUAGAAGAGAGUGAUACUAAAAUUUCGCAAGUUCUUCUGAUCGAUGGAAAUUCGGUGAAAGAAGCCACUGAUCUGCCAAAACAUUUGAAAGAAUUUGUGGAAAUAACUGCUGAUGAUACCUCUGGAGAAACAAAUCCAGACUCUGCGAACGGUAAACUUUGCAAAUGCCGAAAUAAAUAUUGCAAGGACGCAAGAAGAAUAAACAGAGUUUUACAGAGAAACAGAUACAAGAGAAAUAUCAGUUUGCUGCAUGAAAUCGAUGCUGAGCUUGACAUUGCCAAGGGUUUCCUACUGGGCAAAGGUAUUUGGUCACCUGGUCAAAAACAAGAAUUAACUCAAGCAGCAUUCGACAAACAAAAACAUCAGCAGAAAAAUGAAGAAUCGAUUCCAUCCAUCUGGCAGCCGAAGAGUGCAACAUCAAGUCCAGUUGCUGAAAGAAAAGAAUACAGACCAAUCAGUUUUGAGUCACCUAAACUAGGCAGAAAGAACAAAUCACAAGAGUUUCAGGUUAAUAAAAGUUUCGAAAAAUCAACUUCUCGUCCUUGGCAAGAUUCAGUAUCGCGGGGUGAUUUACCCCAGUCAUCGACAUUAGAUAGACGUAUUCCUAACAGUAAGUCAGCACCCGCCACUGGAAUCAACGAAUUUACGAUUGGCCGACUCCCUAGAGCGCAAAAUCCUACAGUAACCCUUCUACAAAAAGCCAGAGAGGGACAACUUCCCAAAGGAGCCCAUUAUAUCGAGGCCAAUCGAGAUCAUUACAGAAUACCUCAUGAUUUCAGCGACCAGGGAGAAAUAAUUCAUCCGAGACGAAACGACCACUAUUAUAGUGAAUCGGAUAGUGAAAUCCUUCAUAAAGCAGGGUCCAACAGACAAAAAGUAGAAGGCGUUGGACCUGUAACAAGCAACGGAAUGCCUUUGUCACUGAGAUCGGAGGUGAGAGACUCCAAUCAAUCAAAAUGGUACAAAAAAAUGUAUGAUACGAUACAUAAGCAGAAACCCUAUAGAGACGAAUUUGUGACAGUGCGCUACAAACCACGAAGAGCUCAGUAUCCCUACAUAUCUGGAUAUCUUUCGGAACCUGAACCAGCGACUUACGAGAGUGACCACAUGGACUACAAAUAUGCCACCUUAGAUAGAAGGCGAACACCUGUGAAUGAAAAAGAGAAUUUCACAACAUCUACCAUGCCCAGAAAUGCUCAGUUUAAGACAACAUCCGCAUCGGAUUAUUCGCUUGGGUCGAAAUUGAAUCCGGGAAGAAUUGAGAAUUAUAUUCCAGGACGCUCAUCAAUAUCCGAACAAGAAUCGAAAAAGUGGUGGGACGAAGUCAUGGACAUAUUCGAUGGGUGGAUGGAUGAUGUAGAAGGUAUACACAGUCUCAGAACAAUGCCGAUGUUCGAUACAAAAAUGGAAGAUGAGAGAAAACCUAUCACCAAAGGAUAUAUGAGCCAAGCCUUGAAAGAAUCAGGUUACGAGAGUGAUUCAACCCUUGUCUUCCGCAAAAAAGAGGACGGAAGCCAAAUAAGCCCAUCCGAACAAAAGGAAGCGUACAAAAUAAUUCAAAAGGGAGGUGACAUACCCCUGCAUGGACUGAGAAAAGCUGCUCCUGAACGUCCUAAAGAACCAGAAUCUCCAGUGCCCCCUGCAAAAAGCCAACAAGGACAAUCAAAGGGAAGUCAAGAAGGAUCACCGAGAAAAUAUGUGGAAAACCAGGUGACAAUUCAUUACAAAACUCCGGUGAGGCAAGAGGUAAAGGACUAUUUCAGCGAAGACGAACUGGCUCAUCGGCAGCAGGAGGCCAUGAAAAAAAUGUACCAGGAAGAAAGGCGACGUAAAUAUCUUCAGGUUAGCAAAUCAUUCUACAAGUCUUUCGAUGAACUGCAAGACAUGCACAAUAGACGUCACACCGACAACUUCAUUCCAUCCCAAAAAUCACCAAUCCCCCUGAACAGGUACGAUGAUUUCGACGACCUCGUUGCCCCACAACACAGGAUAAGACCUAGGUCUCCCGAACCCAGGCUAGUGGCCAAGGCAUUGUACAAUUUCGUGGGAAUGACUCCUAGAGAAUUGACCUUCCGCAAAGGGGACAACAUUUAUGUCAGAAGGCAGAUCGACAAGAACUGGUACGAGGGAGAGUUGAACGCUAUGGUGGGCCUGUUUCCUGUGAAUUACGUUGAGAUUGUUCCAUAUGAGAACGUGAAAUCAACCACACCAGCUAGAAAACCAAACGAAGGGCAAGCGAGGGCGAAAUACAACUUCUUGGCUAAGACACACCUCGAACUCUCUCUCGCCAAGGGUGAAAUGGUUAUAAUCACAAAAAGAGUAGACAAUAACUGGUACGAAGGCAAGAUCGGCGGACGAAAAGGAAUAUUCCCUGCCUCCUACGUAGACGUUCUGAUCGAUCCUCAGGAACCUCCUAAGGAAAACCCCAAGCCUGUAGCUGCUCCUGCAGCACACUCACUUCUUCUCAACGGUUCCAGCCUGAGGGAAUCCAUGGGAAGUCACACUUACACUCCGAAUGCUCCCAUUCAAGACCAGGGACAAGUUUCCAGCUAUUACGCGAAGCCUGUACAGGCCAACUACUGCAGUAGCUAUGGAGGCAGAAAAACCGCAGAGUCAAAUAACCCAAUGAAUCAAGCCCUGCAUAUAGAUACUCAAUCUGCGGAUCCUAUACCUUACCGAGCAUUAUACAAAUACCAACCCCAGAAUGAUGACGAGUUAGAACUCAUGGAGGGUGAUACAAUCUAUGUUCUGGAAAAAUGCGACGAUGGUUGGUACGUUGGUUCCAACGAAAGAACAGGAGCUUUCGGUACUUUCCCCGGAAAUUAUGUUGAAAAAGUGUAACUUUCCCCGAGAAACUUUUUUGGGAGAUCUUCUAAAAUAAGGGACAGAUAUCAGCAUUCGUUGGAAUGUGUCUUCCGAAAAUCUCAUGUUGGAACUAUUGAAGAUUACCCCCUGUUUCUCAUUUGUUACCGGCAAACUUGCCAUAUUUUAAUGUAAUAUCCCAACCAUAUUUUAAUCAUGUUAUUUAUUUAAAAUAUUGAACUUUUAUGUUUUAAUAAGAAGUCGAUCGGAAAAUGUACUUUGUUUCUUGUUUCUUUGUUAUUUGUUAGUAUUUAUGUAUCCAUCCGAUCAAAUUCACUCUAUAGAUACUUGUUUGUUAGAACACAAGAAAAAUCUAAUAAAUGAUUCAUUUUGAGUAAGUCUUACCAUUUUAUUGAUUCUAUUAGCUUAUAAAAUUAUUUGCACAAUGAAAAUUCUCCACAGUAAAGAAUAUAACUGAAAACAUGCAGAAAUGUCUAUUGAGACCUGCGAAUUUUCUAGCUUAUUCAAUAGUUAAUAGACACUUGAUAACAAAAGUGGUUACCAGUUUAAAUGACCAAUUCGAUAGAGAUACCUACAAUUCAGUGCAAAAAUUCAAUCAAGAAAUUUAUUAGAAAUGCUAUUUGAGAACUAUCAUUAUAAAAAACUACAUCAGAUGCAGUUGUCUAGUCAAUUCUUAGAAUAUAAUAGUAUGCGUGAAAAAUGUUAUUUGAAAGCUAAAUAAAAAUAUCGUUAUUGUGCCUUCAUACGGAAACUAACAAUUUUCUUUGUACUAGAUGCCUUAAAAAACACAAUGUUUAUAUAAUUAUAUAUCUAACCAAAAAAUCAUCUCUUCAAAUACUUCCAUAUAUACAUAACCAAAUAUGUUUUAUGUAUACAAAUUAUUCAGUAUAUUGUUUAUUGUUUACAAUAAAUUUAAUGUUAAUAUA